AUGAUAAAGCCUGCAAACGGUUGUUGUGGUGGCGGCAUGGCCGUCUCACUACCUUUAGUCGCCGCCAUCUUACUCCGCCUCCUCCAUGGCCUGCAGCCAUCAGCCGCUCUCCCCUACAUAACAAUUGAAGAAUUUACCGUUUCUGUCCUCAAAGAAACUACAAAUUCUUCCAAUAUUAUCCACUUCGAUUUAAAGAUUAGAAAUUUGGACACCGAGCCAAGUUACUAUGAUGCCCUCAACCUUACUUUUUAUUACAAGUCUAACUUAAGUAGCUUUCCUAUUGGAAACGCCACUUUUAGCCCCUUCUACCAACGUGAGUUUGGUCGUGCCCACCGCGUUGGGAAUAUCGAGGUUAGAGGGGUAAAUUGGGAAAAUGCUACUAUACCAAUGACAUUCAGGGUGGUGUUGGCGACGGCGGUGAGGUCGGAGGUCAAAAUUUAUUGGAAGUCUAGACGAUACUACUAUUUGGUAGGAGCUGACUUAAAAGUCAACGAUCAAGGUACUUUGAUAAAUAAGAGUGUUGAGCUUACUUCUAGAGCUGGAAGGAAUAUUCUGGGUCGUUUUGAAUUGGUUGUCAUAUUGUUUGGUAUCUUGUUUUUCCUUCUUUAUUCGUAA